AUGGAUCGGACAUAUGGGGCCGCCAUUGCGGCGUUGAAUUCGCUUCAAACCAAUUUCUCUAUUAUUAAUGCUAUGCGCCAGUCUGGUCGUAUUCUUAACGAGCAAUCGAUACCGGAAACAAUAGAGUGGUGCAAGAAAAUAGGACACAAACCAUCCGAUUUUGAUCGAUUGAAUUUAAUCCAUAUCGCCGGUACCAAGGGCAAAGGGUCGACAUGUGCAUUUAUAUCCUCGAUACUAUCACAAUACCUGAACCCCAAAAAGGAUGCGGACAAGCCAGCUUUACAGUCAACGCCGAAGUUUGAAAAGAUUGGUCUUUAUACCUCUCCUCAUCUUCGGUUCGUACGGGAACGGAUACAGAUUAAUAACACUCCUUUAACGGAGGCGCAGUUUACUCAAUACUUCUUUGAAGUCUGGGACCUGCUCGAAGAAGAUGCGCGUACCAGAGGGCAGGAUCCGAAAGGGCCGAAUAUGAAGCCGAACUACUUCCGAUACCUUACCAUUAUGGCAUUCCACACGUAUCUGAGGGAGAACGUAGACGCAGCGAUUAUCGAGUGUGGUAUUGGCGGGGAGUAUGACACAACGAAUAUUCUUGUGAAUCCCGUGGUCGAAGGCAUUACUAGCCUGGGGAUUGAUCAUGUGGCCAUGUUGGGCUCGACCAUCGAAGAAAUAGCGUGGCAUAAGGCAGGGAUCAUGAAGCCGGGAACCGUGGCCUAUACUGCACCACAGCCUGAAGCUGCAAUGGACGUCCUUCGAAAACGGGCGGAUGAGCGAAAGACCCAACUGCAUGUUGCACAGGGCCACCCGGACCUCACCCCCGGAAAGAUCUCAUUGGGCCUCUCAGGCGAGUUUCAAAACAAAAAUGCAGAGCUCGCUGUAGCUGUCUGUAGCUCGUUUUUGAGAAAACUCGACUUCCCUGAUGUGCCAUCGUACGUCAACAAGGACCCUCUACCCGAAAAGUUCAAGGCUGGUCUCGAGGGAGUAAAGCUUGGUGGCCGAUGCGAAAUUAGAAAGGAAGAGGAUUUGGUCUGGCACAUCGAUGGGGGACAUACGGCCGACAGCAUCGAAGUUGCUGGGAAAUGGUUCUCUAGCCUGCCAUAUACACAGACACGGCCCACGGAAACCAAAAGGAAACCUUGCAUCUUGAUUUUUAACCAGCAGACCCGAGACAGUACCGCACUGGCUAAUACCCUUCACAAGGCACUGACUGCUGGGAACUGCGUCUUCACUCACGCUAUCUUUUGCACGAAUGUGACUUUCAAAGAGGCAGGAUACCGACCGGACCUCGUGAGUAUCAAUACAGACGCCUCUGAUGUCGAGAAGCUCAGUGUCCAGAAUAAUCUAGCGAAUGUAUGGCGUAGCUUGUCACCAGACACUGAAGUUGAAGUCAAGGCCACAAUAGAAGAGGCCGUGGAAUCUGCGCGCAGUAUAGCUGCUGCAGACAACAGGGAGAACUCUUCCACGGACGACGUUGCCGUCAGCGUAUUGGCAACUGGCAGCUUACACCUUAUCGGCGGCCUCCUUGAAGUUUUAGAGACAACUGCCCGAGUUAAGUGA